AUGAGAUCGAACUUCGGGGACUUGAACUUCAUCCCAAGGGAGACCAUCUUCGAUAGCGAGAUCCACUUUGGCGCCAAGUUCUACGGCCUAUACAUUGCGUUUUGGAUCGCAGUCGCCUUUUUCGGAGUCGACGUGGUGAGCGGAUACCACCAGAGCCAUGGUAGCUUGCUCAACUCCGAGAUAUUCAAGCUUAUGAUGAAGGAUUUGUGGAAGGUUGCCUUGACCGACCUCGCCAUGUACCUCUCUAUGUACACAUCUGUUGUCAUCCAGGUGCUUGUCAAGCAUAACAUCAUCAGGUGGAAGUAUACCGGUUUUGUCCUGCAGACAGUCUACGAGGUGGCGCUCCUCUACUGUCCGCUCUCCUUCGCAGACCGCAUGGACUACCCGUGGAUUGCGCAGAUCUUUAUCAUGUUGCACACCGUCGUGAUGUUGAUGAAGGUCCACUCUUACGCCUUUUUCAACGGGUACUUGUGGGAAAUCACCAAGGAGCUGAGGUUUUCAGCAGCCUUCUUGAAAAAAAGGGAAUUUUUGCCUGAAAAUAUUAAAAAGGCUCUCUCCAACUCGGUAGAGUUCUGCAACUCAGAGAUCUCUUCCCAGGAGUUUCCUUCCAAUAUCUCGUUCUUCAACUUUUUCGAAUAUUCCUUCUUUCCUGUUUUGGUGUACCAGAGCAAAUACCCAAGAAACGAGAAAAUCAGAUGGGGCUACCUUUUCACAAAAAUCGCAGGCAUUUUCGGUGUCAUCAUCUUGAUGAUUGCCAUUGCACAACACCGCCUCUAUCCUAUCGUGUCAUAUUGUUUAGAAAUCCAGAAGACUACCUCUUUAAGCCAUCGUUUAAAAGAGUACCCAUUUAUUCUCAUCCAAACUAUCCCUCCGUUUCUCACCAUCUACUUAUUAGUUUUCUACUUAAUCUGGGAAUUGAUUUUGAACGCCAUCGCAGAGCUCUCGAGGUUCGCUGACCGUGAGUUCUACAGCUAUUGGUGGAACUCUGUGGACUGGAAUGAGUAUGCUCGUGACUGGAAUGUCCCUGUCCACAAGUUCUUGCUCCGCCAUGUCUACCACUCCUCAAUUUCGGCUUUCAAGGUCAACAAAACAGCUGCUACAUUUUUCACCUUUCUUUUGAGCUCGGUCAUACAUGAGUUGGCCAUGUACGUCAUUUUUAAGAAGGUGAGAUUUUAUCUACUCUGCCUUCAGAUGAGUCAGUUGAGCCUCGUUCAACUUUCAAAAACAAAGUGGAUGAAGGGCAAGUAUGUUUUGGGAAAUUGUAUUUUUUGGUUUGGAGUCGUUUUUGGCCCAAGUUUGAUGUGCACAAUGUACUUGGUGUUCUGA